GGACAAACUAAUUUACAUCGAGCUUGCCAGGAAGGAAAUUUAGAGAGAGUUAUCAAUUUAAUAAAUAAAGGAUCUGACAUUAAUGCUCAAGAUCAUGCAGGUUGGACAUCACUUCAUGAAGCUGCAUUAGCUGGUCAUUUGAACAUUGUUGAAUUCCUUUUAGAACAAGGUGCAGAAGUUAAUGCUGCUUCAUUUGACGAUGGUGACACACCUUUACAUGACGCAAGUGCUAAAGGUCACGCGGAAGUUGUCUGGGCUUUAAUGCAAUAUGGUGCAGAUCCUGAAAAA